GGAGGACCCGGCGGGCAGCGUGUGCUGCAGGCUGAAGCUUGUACCUGAACACACCCUCCGUGCACUUCACUCUGCACAUUCUUCCCCGAAUCAAAGAGCGGAGGCACAGCGCAAACACAUCUCGGUUCAGUCCUCAGAAAUGGCCGAAAAAGAAGCAUCACCUAUUGGUAAUGGACAGUCGCCGGCGGCCGAGUCACCCCAGGGUGGUCUCACAGCGCCGCCUGCAGGCAGCCCCGGUGUCCUGCAGGACGCACUGAGCUUCACUACGCUGGACUCGGACGCCCAGAGGGUGGUUCAGCCUUUCCCGCGCUCUCCCAAACUACAACGGAAGAUCGCCAAAGCUGCACAGCCCUCCCAGGAGCAGCUGUCUAGACGCGUGGAGGAGCUGCAGGCAGAGAGGACCAGGACCGAGGCUCGCAUCCAGUCUCUCAAGAAACGCAAGGCAGACCUCUCGAGGAGCACCGAGGCCAUGAAGCAGCAGGUGCGAGAGCACUUCGACAACAUGCGCUGCGUCCUGAAGCAGGACGAGAAGGCCGUGCAGGACUCCCUGGACCUGGACCUGAGACAGACCCGGACAAGACUGGACCAGGUGGUGAAGAAGUGGAAGCAGCACCAGGACCAGGUGACCCAGGGCAUCGCCAGCCUCCAGAGAGCGCUGGCCCACAGCGCCGCCGGGGCGCAGGAAGACGCCAAGGUCAAGGGUCCGUCUGAACACCUGAGCGCUAAGAAGCCCGAUGCCUCGGAGAAGGAAAUCCGGCUGAAUGAGGAGAGAUUUCAAAGGCUCCUAAAAACGUUGUCCUCCGUCACCAGACACCUGAAGGCUCAGCUGCAGAGGAAGACUCUCCUGUUAGAUUCCUCCCCGGUGGUGAUUGACAGGCAGACUUGCCACAGCCAGAUCACCGUGUCCUCGGAGGGGCGGGGCAUGUCCUUCUCCGGCCCUGGCCGCCCCGCUCCGGAGCACCCCCUCCAGUUUGACAAAGUGUGCUGCGCCGUGGGCUCGGCGCCCGUCUCGGCCGGGCGGAGCUACUGGGAGGUCGACGUCCGCUGCUGCUCCGCGUGGGCCGUGGGCGCCGCCUACGGCAGCCUGGAGAGGAAGGGCCGGGACCAGGGCGCCAAACUGGGCCGGAACAGGAACUCCUGGUGCGUGGAGCUCCGCGACAGCCGCCUCUCGGCUUGGCACAACAACCGGAGCGUGGCGUGCCGGGGCGCCGGGCAAACGGUGCCGGGAAAGGUCGGAGUGUGGCUCGACUACGACAAGGGCCAGCUGAUGUUUUACGACGCGGACGCCAUGGUCCUGCUGCAGAGCUUCACCGCGGCGGUGACGCCGGUGUUCGACAGGGCUCAUCACCAGUUCACGGAGCCCCUGUACCCCGCCGUGUGCUUCCUGAGACCAGCAGAGAGCCAGAUGUGGCCCAACCACCUGCAGCUCUGCGAUCCUGCGGGCUCUUUCUAAAUGUCUGGCCAUACACGGCGUUACAUCGGAGCAGCUGUUAACUGACCAUUUUAAAAACGAUAAAAUUUAAAAAAAGAAAUGUAGACAUUAUAAAAAAACAAUAUGCAUUGUAAAAGAAAACUAUUGCUUACCUGCUAGUUAACCGCUAGUGCCAACCUUGCACUAGCAAGUGGCAUAAUACAUAUAACCCAAUACAGACAGAUCCCCAAACGGAGGCUGUCCAGGUUGCAGAGAGCUUAUCGCCACAAUAUUAAUGAGGAAAGUAGUAAACGAUUACUAACUAAAAUCACUUAUUUUACCCUCAUGUUGUCUUCCCGUCAAAUUUGAAAAUCAACACUUUUAUUGAGACUAAAAUUAAAGGAAUGGAUGUUGAUGGAUAAUCGCGGACUGGAAUAUGUCAAUUAUGAAAUCCCUCUCGAUUCACCCGGUUCACGAUUUAAUGUUCCUUUUUUAAAAUAAAUAAAUAAAUAACUAAAGAUGACGACUUUGAUUCUCAUUUAUCUUUAGGAGCCGACUGCGUCACAAACGCUGCUCCUUUCUCCGGUGAGUUUUGAAUGUAGACUGCAUGAAACGGGUGUUAAUGCUUCUCUUCAUCGAGGCCUCUGUGUCUACCGGCGUGUGGCGACGGGCAAUGUGCUACGGGUGACAAAAAAAUUAUUUGGAUUCUGCCACUUUGUUCUGUCACGGGUCACGUGUGCAGUAAACGUCGCGCUUCAUGAGAAGAAAAAAAAAAAAAAUCGUGGCGGAGAAUCGUGAUAUCAGUUCUGAGCUCAAACAUCCCGAUUCGUGUUUUUCCCCGGAAUCGCGCGGGCC